AUGACAGACAGUGAGUCGGACGUCGGAGCCAUACAGCUUCGUAACAGGCUUCUUGAGCUUGUGUACACUAGCGGUGCUGUUUUUACGAUUAGUCAACUUGCUCUCAUUCUUGCGGUGGACAAGACAAGGAUUGUGCAUGAACUCCGACGAUCGGAUUUUCGCGGUAUUGUGUACGACCAAGAUGAGGAAACCGUGCACAUGCGGCCUCAGCACCGUAUGUCACCAUCAGAUACCAUUGUCAGUGGUAAAAUGCCCACAUCACGCGGCAUACGAAGAUCACCGGGCAUCGUAGAGAGCCGUUACGCCAAUUACGGUAGCGACGGUUAUCAACACUAUCGGAGAAGUACGUUGGGGGGUGGGCGCGUGGUUUCAACAAAGAGUACCUAUCGCAAAACAAAAUAUCGUCUCCCAUUUGACGCGGAUGUGGUCAGUGCUGACAAUACGGAGAGUGCCUUGCCGAAAGGGCGUGUCGGUUAUGUGUGUGUCGCCGACGAGUUUCACCUCAGGGAGUUAGAGGCGCACUAUUGCGCACAGGGAUAUGACACCAAAUUUGAUUUUGAUGUCCUACACAUACGUUUCUCUGACAAGGAAAUGAGCGCCAAAGGCACACGCACGUCCGUCCUUGCAGCAAAGAGCUUGACGAACUUCACAAAUCCUACUUCUGCCGGGUGUGGGACACACGGCACACGCACUACAGAAGGUAGUAACAAUGAAAACAACAGUAAUAACAAUAAUAAUAACACUGGCGGUGAAAAGCCGAGUGAUCGAUCAUCGUUGCCUUCCGCCAAGAAUCUUUGUAAGGCUGGUUUUGAUUUAUUUGUGUUUGAAUAUGGAGCUAUUGUCUGGUGGGGGUUUGACCAGCGCUUUUUUAAAAUUGUUGAGAAUGAUUUUAUGCUUCCAAACAGUGCCAUUUCAAGAUACAUGGAAAACCGCUACAUGACUCAGCUCAUUAGCGAGAAUUACCCUGUGUGGUGCACAUAUACUCUUGAACGGAAGGAUACAUUAGAGCCUGACGAACACUUCCGGGAGAGGUUGCGUUUUGAUCACUUUAUUAUACCCUUUGGACGUGGGGAUAUGGAUACAAGCAACGUUAGCAUGCUGUGUGCUUCGCAUGCCCUCGCCCAGUCCGCGAAGAUUGAUUACCUGGAGCUGAAGGUGCAAGAGCUGGCGGAGAACUGCUCGCCGUUACCGCGUGAAUUACGUGAAAAGGGACAGGUGAGCAUUACUGAACGUCGUUUGUUGCAACUUCGUGGCGAG